GCGCAACGAAGGGGCGGGUUCGGGGAGUCGGAACGAGAUCGAGCGCGUCACCCCCUCGAGCUGCGGUGGUCGCUCGUGUCCCGCCGGCUCUUUCAGUGUCGCCUUGCGCUGCUGCAGCCGCCGCGGCACCAUGGCUGUGCUUGCCGUGCUCCUGUCCUUGUUGGUGGCGGGGGUUUUGGGGAACGAGUUCAGUAUAUUAAGAUCACCAGGGUCUGUUGUCUUCCGAAAUGGAAAUUGGCCUAUACCAGGAGAAAGAAUCCCAGAUGUGGCUGCCUUGUCCAUGGGCUUCUCUGUGAAAGAAGAUCUCUCUUGGCCGGGACUUGCCGUGGGUAACCUGUUCCAUCGGCCCAGGGCUACCAUUAUGGUGAUGGUGAAGGGAGUGGACACGCUGGCCCUGCCUCCAGCCAGCGUCAUUUCCUACCCUCUGGAGAAUGCAGUUCCUUUCAAUCUUGACAGCGUUGCUAAUUCCAUUCACUCCUUAUUUUCUGAAGAAACUCCUGUAGUUUUGCAGUUGGCUCCUAGUGAGGAAAGAGUGUACAUGGUGGGGAAGGCAAACUCGGUGUUUGAAGACCUCUCGGUCACGUUGCGGCAGCUCCGAAAUCGCCUGUUUCAAGAAAAUUCCGUUCUCAGUUCACUUCCCCUCAAUUCUCUGAGUAGGAACAAUGAAGUUGACCUGCUGUUUCUCUCUGAACUGCAAGUGCUACACGAUAUCUCCAGUUUGCUGUCUCGUCAUAAGCAUCUAGCCAAGGAUCAUUCUCCUGACUUAUAUUCGCUGGAGCUGGCAGGUUUGGAUGAAAUCGGGAAACACUAUGGGGAAGACUCCGAACAGUUCAGAGAUGCUUCCAGAAUCCUUGUUGAUGCUCUGCAGAAGUUUGCAGACGAUAUGUACAAUCUUUAUGGUGGGAACGCAGUAGUCGAGUUAGUGACUGUCAAAUCAUUUGACACAUCCCUUAUGAGGAAGACAAGAACCAUCCUUGAGGCAAAAGAAGAGAAAUCAACAACUCCCUAUAACCUUGCAUAUAAAUAUAAUUUUGAGUAUUCGGUGGUUUUCAACAUGGUACUUUGGAUAAUGAUCGCCUUGGCCUUGGCUGUGAUUAUCACCUCUUACAACAUUUGGAACAUGGAUCCCGGAUAUGAUAGCAUCAUUUAUAGGAUGACAAACCAGAAGAUACGAAUGGACUGAGCUUUCCUUUCUCCAGACUUAGGCAAGGGGUUUGGAAGUUAGUCAUUUUAUUAAAAUAUAUCUUUUAGUGUGGUUUAAAGUAGAUAGUAUACUUUAUUAAAAAGGAAAAACAGCAAACUUUGUUCUAUUUCGUGUGUGCCUGUGAUGUUCUUUUAGAGUGACUUAUAGUGUUGAUGUGAAUCAGAUGAUGUAAUAGAUUCCAUAAUAUGCUUGAAUAUUAUGAUAUAACCAUUUAAUAAUUAAUUUCAUUCCAUUUAAUAAAUUUGGAAAUAUGCACUGAGAGACAUGUAAAACACUUAGAAUAGCUUGUGUUAUUUAUGUUGGAAAAAAUGCACUGAAUCUUAUUAGAACAACUUACGAAUGCUUAACUUCCUUGCGUAGGAUAGAUGAAAAUUACACUUGGGCUCUUAUAUACUAUGAACCAUUUGUAAAUGUCUUCAUUUGAUGUAAAUAUCUCUGAACAAGAGCAAAGGUUUUUAACUUAAAGCAGCCCUAAAAUAUUGGAUGUGCUUAUACAAUCGCUCAGUUUUGGAACUGAUGGACGGGGUAGCUGUUUGUUUAACCUGUUCUGCAAGUCUGGCGAUCCGCAUGGUCUUGUAGGGGUAUUAAAAAUACUACAUUGCUUCAAGAAGAGACACGUGGAGUACAGAUGCUUGGAAUUACAUACUCAAAAACAGAUCUUUGGGGGACAUCUUGAGGCAUGAAUAGAACAUAUUUUUAUUUCAGCAACUCUCCCCCUGUGAGUCUACUAUGGUUUGUGGUACAACUUCAUUCUGCAGGAUAUUAAGUGAAGUGGAUGAUUUCUACUUUCAUGUGGAAGUGGACCAAUGUCUAUAAAGAGUGACAAAUAAAGUUAAUGAUUCCAAA